AUGUCCUUCCGACACAUCGUCGAUGAUCUGCGCGCAGAUUACUACAAAGCCCAGUACAUGAAAGAGAAGAAUGCGACAGGUCCUAUCAAGGGUGUUCGUGUGAGCUGUGGAGGUGAUUUGCUUAUCAGCGAUCGUCCCCAGUUCGAGCAAGUCAACUUGAACAGCAGUUUCUUCGACUUGGACCGGACUAUCAAUCUUCCCGUAGGCGACAAGAUCGGCAUUCCACUCGAGGCAAGAGUGAUUCCAGAGGCUUUACCGUGGCGGAACCGCCAUCAUCUUGGCGAUUGGGCGAAACGCUAUGCACAGAAUGAAUUCGCACAGAGGCUCAACCCAGCGCAGUGGUGGCCGCUUACAGGCUCAAUCGUGAUCGCUCAGAAGGAUAAGAAGCCAUUGCAUUGCGCACACGUGGACGCACUAUCUGAGUAUUGUGCACGCGAGGGCUACAGCAUAGCGCAAUUGCGCAACCUACCCGCAGGACCACAUUCCCAUCUGCCCGACGAUGCACUUGUCCCAAUCGAGUAUUUGCGAUCGCUAAUGAACCAAAAUUACCAGGCGAGUUCACAGCAAUUUCUGUCUCGUGCUUCGGAGCAGGGCUUUAAAGACUUCAACCUCGACUUAUGCGAAACGGUGGUAUAG